AUGGGUGAAGAAAAAAGCGAUCACUGUGAACAACGGAAAAAGGAAAAGAAUUGGCGGAAAAUACUGUAUGAACGACAACCGUUUGAAGACGAAUACAGUGGUGGUAGUGAGUUUUUGAAGGAACUGAGAACAAAUAUAACAGUGGUGGAAUAUUCAUUUGUGGAAGCAGUAUGUGGUGCUAGUCUUGUUAUGCUACAUUCUAAUGCUGUUAUAUUUUAUUAUUUGGUGUUCAAUUCCAUCAAAAAUAGUUCCAUAAGUUCGGUUCAGCAUUUUUCUUUGAUAUUCGCUAUUGCCUUGGUUCUGUACACUGUCUAUUUGUAUAUGAUCAAACCGGUAAAUCUUCAAGAUCACAUCUACACUUUAAUCACACUUCUUUGUUUUGGCUAUAUGUUGACACCUGUUAUUAGGACACUGACGGAUACAAUUAGUACAGAUACUAUAUAUGCUAUGUCCUUCAUACUCUUUCUCACGAGCUUUAUUUUCCAUGACUACGCGAUGGUUGCACCAUUGGUUUCAACGAUAUUAUCGGUCAACCUUUGCUUAGCAGCAUCAGUUUGUUUGGUUUCUCGGGUAUCGUCGAACGAAUCUGCAUUUGGUCUUCUGGCUCUUUCUAUGCUCCUUUUCUCAUACUGGCCACAAAUGCGUAAUAUCUUGUACAGAAAAUGGUCGAAAUCACCAUUAAUCUUGAUCAUUUUUUCUUCUCCUCUUCUUUUCAGUGCACUACAUCAGCUUUCUCGCUCACUCAGCAUUUUAUACAUAUUUGCACUAACGUUUGUUCUCUUAAUUUGUCCGUCGAUCCUGAUGAUAAUGCAACCGUGGAAAAGUACAAAACAUGGACCAUGGGACGAGGCAAAAGCAACCUUCGAGCGAUGA